UUGCAGUUUGAGCUCAGUUCCGGGCCGGGCCGUGCCUUUGCCGCUCUCAUCCGCUCGGCCCCUAGCAGCGCGGAACUACAAGUUCCAGGGUCUCUCGCGGCCACCGUAGUCAAGUGGCCGGUGGAAUUGGCCCAGGAUGACAGCUGGAGAAUGGAGUCAGUUUUAUCCAAGUAUGAAAACCAGAAUACUAUUUUCUCUGACUACCUAGAAGAAUUUCCAGAUACUGAUGAGCUGGUAUGGAUCUUGGGGAAACAGCAUCUGCUGAAAACAGAAAAAUCUAAGCUGUUGUCUGAUAUAAGUGCUCGUCUAUGGUUUACAUACAGAAGGAAGUUUUCACCAAUUGGGGGAACGGGCCCUUCAUCAGAUGCUGGCUGGGGAUGUAUGCUACGCUGUGGACAGAUGAUGCUGGCUCAAGCCCUUAUCUGCAGACACUUGGGCAGGGACUGGCACUGGGAGAAACAAAAAGAACAACCCAAAGCAUACCAGCGGAUCCUGCAGUGCUUCUUAGACAGAAAAGACUGUUGCUACUCCAUCCAUCAAAUGGCACAAAUGGGUGUAGGAGAAGGGAAAUCAAUUGGUGAAUGGUUUGGACCAAAUACAGUUGCACAGGUGUUAAAAAAACUUGCUUUAUUUGAUGAAUGGAAUUCCUUGGCUGUUUAUGUUUCAAUGGAUAACACAGUGGUCAUUGAAGAUAUCAAAAAAAUGUGCUGCGUCCUUCCCGUGAGUGCUGCCACAGCUGGUGAGAGCCCUCCCGACUCUCUGAAUGCUUCGAACCAGAGUAAGGGCACCUCUGCCUGCUGCCUAGCCUGGAAACCCCUGCUGCUCAUUGUGCCCCUUCGCCUGGGCAUAAACCAAAUCAAUCCUGUCUAUGUUGACGCCUUCAAAGAGUGUUUUAAGAUGCCACAGUCUUUAGGGGCAUUAGGAGGAAAACCAAAUAACGCCUAUUAUUUCAUAGGAUUCUUAGGUGAUGAGCUCAUUUUCCUGGACCCUCACACAACCCAGAACUUUGUCGACACUGAAGAGAAUGGAACAGUUGAUGACCAGACUUUCCAUUGUCUGCAGUCCCCACAGCGAAUGAACAUUCUGAACUUGGAUCCUUCUGUAGCAUUGGGAUUUUUCUGCAAAGAAGAAAAAGACUUUGAUAGCUGGUGUAGCCUUGUUCAAAAGGAAAUUCUAAAGGAAAACUUAAGGAUGUUUGAAUUAGUUCAGAAACAUCCAUCUCACUGGCCUCCCUUUGUACCUCCAGCCAAGCCAGAGGUGACAACCACUGGGGCAGAAUUCAUUGACUCUACUGAACAGCUAGAGGAGUUUGACCUGGAGGAAGAGUUUGAGAUUCUGAGCAUAUAGAAUAAUAGCAACUCAACCUGGGGGUCUGUCUUCCAUCUGACACCAGAAGAACAUGAACUCGUUACAUAAAACUUUUCUAGUCAGCAAGUGCCUGAUAUGCCAACAGCAUACAAACUUAAUAGCAAUCAAUCGUGACUGAGCCAAUCACCGUUUUCAGAAAAAACCCAUAACAACCCUUCCCCAGAAAGAACUAGAACAAUCAUGGAAUCUAGGAGCAGAAAGCUUAGGAGCUGUCGCUUGCUUCCCAGCUUGACUUACAUGGCCACAGUGAGCGUGCCGCUACUGAAAUGAGGAGCUGGACAUCUGGAAGACAGACAGCAACUCCCCCCUUGCUUCCAGCACUGGCAGAUGACAGAUGGUUACCUGUGCUUCCUCACCCUUUCAGGCGUGACCUCUUUGGGGCUAAAUACUAAGAAGCAGUUUGUUCUCUUGCUCUAACAAUAAAGUGAUUACAUCAGGGAGCAAAAGUUCUUGUUAAAUUAUUUGAAUAUGUAUUUGAAUUAAUUGUAAUUUAUAUCAAAAACUUUGUCAAAGAAAUUAUGUCAAAUGUGUACUUGUUGAUCUCCUGACUCUUUUGGGGAACCUUCCCCUUUGGGGGUCACUGUCACCUUCUUUAUUGACACUUUUGUCGAAUGUCACCCUGCCCUUAAAACAAAUCAUGAUCACUUAAAUCGUGUGUUAAGCAAAGGUUUUCUGUAGAGAGCCGGACUGUAAACGUUUCAGGCUCUGCAGGCGAUGUGGCCUCUGUCACAGCUACUGAACUCUGCUGUUGGAAGUAAAAACGCAGCCACAGACAAUCUGAGCCUGCCUGUAAGCCAAUAAAACUUUAUUUACGAAAACAGGUGGAAGGCCGAAUUUAGCCUACAGGUUGUCGUUUGCCAAUUACUGGCUUAAAUUGUUGAUUUUUGUUUGGGAAAUUAAAAUUGUGUUUGAAUUAGAC